AUGGCUGUCAAGACUCUGACUCGGGUCAUCUUGGGCGCUCUUGUUGGGGCCGUCGCAUCCUAUAUUGUCUUCCUUGCUGUACUCGCCUUCCCGCACUGUCAGAACCAGGUCAUUUACCUGAAUAGAGUUUCACUCACCUGGUUCCAAGACGUCAGCAUACCGGAGCAGUGGGGCUUUCUUCAUAAUCAAGUUUCUUCUUUUUCACUCAAUACUCAAGAUGGAGAGACUCUGCAGGCUUGGCACAUCCUGCCCCUAGGCUUGUAUCAGAAACAUGAGCAUAGGCUUUCAGAAGAACAGCCGGGGCAACGUAAGGAAAUAACGACCAGUAUCUCAUUCCAACUUCUACACGAUGACCCGGAAGCGCUGCUGGUUCUGUACUUCCACGGCGCGGCCGGGACGCUGGGCUCAGGCUGGCGGCCUCCUAGCUAUCGAGCUAUGUCCGCUGCUGCACCAGACAAUAUUCAUACAGUCGCUAUAGACUACAGGGGCUUCGGUGCGAGUACCGGAACUCCUUCAGAACAAGGACUUCUGACCGAUGCAGUCACGCUGACCGAAUGGGCUCUAGAGGUUGCAGGCAUACCGGCGUCGCGGAUUGUCCUCUUCGGCCAGUCGUUGGGAACGGCUGUCGCCAUAUCUCUAGCGCACCAUCUGGCAACAAGGCCAGAUCCAGUCCUUUUUUCUGGAAUGGUGCUGGUAGCUCCCAUGGUCGACGUGAAAAUGCUCACAGCCACCUACCGAAUCGCAGGGGUGGUCCCUAUCCUUGGGCCUGUUGCCCGAUUCCCAAGGAUUUUGGCAUGGCUUAAUACCUUCAUUCGCGAUAAAUGGUCUAGCAAGGAUAAGAUGGUUGAGUUUGUGCAUAUAUGUGAGCAAUUGGAGGGGAACCAUUCAAAGUACUACAUCGCCAUUCUUCACGCAGAAGACGAUUAUGAUGUUCCGUGGUUUCACAGCGAACUAUUGUUCUGGCAAGCUGUGAAUGCGUCUCAAUCACAUGGAACAAGCCCAGAAGCUUUAGAUGGGAAGACUCAGCUCACCAAGAUCCCCUUGGGAGCUGCCGGUUGGGCUAUGAACCAAAAGACGAGGAGAGGGGCCAUCAAGAAACACAUAUUGAAGCAUGGGUUCCACGAUAAGAUCAUGUCAUAUCCCAUCGUGAGUUUGGAAGUCCUGAACGCGUUCAGGCUGGCGUCCAACGGAGCAUAG